AGCAGCCCUCAGUCGGACCUCAGAGGUGCUGGUGCCAGUCUGCCUUCUCCUGCCAACAUCCAGACACCUCCUGCCACCUCCAGGCACCGGAUCACUACCAGCUCUCUGCGGGGAAUCGUGACAAAAAUCGCAAUCCUUUAAAGGAGUAAUGGGUUCUCACAGCUCAAGUCUGGAUGAUAUCCUGGAGGAAGACAUGCACCACUGGUACACCAAAUUCAUGAAGGAAUCUCCCUCAGGAUUAAUCACUCUGUUUGAACUCAAGACGAUGCUUGAAUUGAAUGGGAUGACAGAGGAGGCCAGCAGUUAUGUUGAUCAAGUCUUCUUCACAUUUGACAUGGACGGGGACGGCUACAUAGACUUUGUGGAAUACAUUGCUGCUAUUAGUCUACUACUGAAAGGAGAAGUAAAUCAGAAACUGAAGUGGUACUUCAAGCUCUUUGAUCAAGAUGGAAAUGGAAAAAUUGACAAGGAUGAAUUGGAGACUAUAUUUAAGGCUAUUCAAGACAUCACCAGGAGUUAUGACAUCCCUCCAGAAGAAAUUGUGACACUUAUAUACGAGAAGAUCGACGUCAACGGAGAAGGUGAACUGACACUGGAGGAGUUCAUUAGUGGAGCGAGGGAGCAUCCCGACAUCAUGGAAAUGCUCACCAAGAUGAUGGAUCUUACUCACGUCCUGGAAAUCAUCAUCAAUGGCCAGAAAGCUGGGAACUAAGCAGAUAAUCAACACGCAAGAGUGCGUGGAGAGCUGAGAGCUGAAAAAAGACGAUGCUGAGGGGAGUUAAGCCCAAUCUGUUACUGCAGAAAAACAAGUGACCAGGCUAUGAGGCGCUUUGGAUCCCUCUCCCUUUCUCUGCCUGUUGCUAGAGAAAAAAACUGAAAAUGCUCCGGCCUUUCUUCAACUUCCGGUGCUCUCACAGAUCUUUUUGUUUUUGUUUAGGCGCAAAACACUGAACUAGAAAUGCACCAGCCUUUCCACUUGCACACUCGCUAGAAGUAAUGUGACAAGCAGAGAACAAUCUUCAAGUUUAAAAUGUCUGGCACACAAUUAGAUUACUUUUAUCCAUUUUAUAUAUAUAUAUAUAUAUAUAUAUAUAUAUAUAUAUAUAUA